AUGGUGGCCCUGCGCCUGCCGCCGAGGGCCUCCCUGUCCGCGCUCUGCUGGGCUUUCUCUGCCUCCGGCCGCCAGCGAACCCCGGGCCACGGCGCUGAGCACAGGGACGCAACGCCAAGCCAGGUCUCAAGAUUCUGCCCACCAAGGACAUCUCGCCAUGAUUGGAUAGGACCCCCAGAUAAGUACUCAAAUCUGCGGCCUAUUCAGUUUUACGUCCCUCAAGAUGAAUCAGCCCUGAAACAACAGCUACGAGAGCUAAGACUCGAAACACAAGAAUGGAAUCAAAAGUUCUGGGCAGACCAGAAUUUGACUUUUAGAAAGCCAUUCAAAAAUGCAGAGGUGUUGUGGUCCCGUGGGACCCGGGCACUUCUGUGGGCACACGCAGCCGCCUCUGGAGUGGAGCCUUGCCUGGAAGGACCUCCAGGAACAGACUGA